GCAAAUGAGUGUGCCACAGGAAAUGGAGGAUGUGCACAGAACUGCACCAAUACUGUCGGCAGUUUUGUCUGCUCCUGUGAAAUAGCUGGCUACAAACUGAACGAUGACGGCCUAUCCUGUGACGAUGUAGACGAGUGUGCUACAGGAAACGGUGGAUGUCCACAGAACUGCACUAAUACUGUCGGCAGCUUCUCAUGCUCCUGCAAUACUGGCUACAAAGUGAACGAUGAUGGCAUAUCGUGUGACGACAUUGACGAGUGUGCGAACUCUAAUGGAGGCUGUGAGCACGUCUGUACCAACACUGAGGGCAGCUUCCAGUGUUCCUGUCAUAUCGGACAAACACUCAACGGAGAUGGAAAAAACUGCGACCUUACAAUUUGGGAUCUUCCUGAGAGUUGUCCAACGAAUAGUUACCUCAGUCUGCCUAACAACAAAACGUACGUGUCGCCAUCCGACGAGAGCGUACUCUACUCCACGGCCCAGACAAGGUGUGCCGCGGUGGGAGGAAUGGUCGCCGUGCCGCGGGACUCAAACGAGCAGGAGUAUCUUGUGUUUUUCAAGAACUGUCUAGACGCAAAUGCUCAGUUUUGGCUGGGACUCAGUAGACCGGACGGGACGUGGAUUGACAGUAACGGUACGGCACUUGAGGAAUUUGCUGCCUGGGCGCCCUGGGAGCCCGAUGAAUCUACAAAACUCUGUUCUCACUUUGUGUAUGGCCUUCAAGCCAACAGUGAACGCAGAAAUAAGUGGUCGGACGGAAGUUGCUACAGUUCAUUCAAAUACAUAUGUGAAACAACUUUCAUAUACACCACACCUCCACCAACAACAACUCCUGCUGUGACCACUACAACAGCUGCCACCAGCACAGUUCUCUCUUCAACUGCAGGGGCUGCUACUACUCCCACACCAGCCACUUGUGGAGUAUCUGCGUUUCGUCACGUCCCCGACACUGGAUGCUCAGGAGCUCUCAUAUCAUCCCAUCGAAGCACUACAUUGCAGUUCUGUGCAUCAGAAUGCUGCGCCAAUCCGUCUUGCCUGUCCUUCCAGUUUAACGAUUAUAACGACUGCCAUUUGAAAAGCAGGCUCUGUUCUGCUGCGGAGAAAAGUUUUGCAUCACUCGGCAACAUGUAUGAUCGGUUGGCUGCACCAGUCACCACACCUUCACCACCAACAACAACUCCUGCUGUGACCACUACAACAGCUGCCACCAGCACAGUUGUAUCUUCAACUGCAGGGGCUGCUACUACUCCCACAAUAGGUCAAUGGCUGGAGCGGAAUUCGUCAUGGGUCGUAGACUCCGCCGGCACAACGUUUGUUGACGGGAACGGAGUAAUACACGAUGCUGCCAAAGCCUUGGAUGGGGACAUCUGGACCUACUGGAACCCACAAGAUGAAAGACUGUACUACAACAACUGGUACAUUGUACUUGACCUCAAGACAACGCACACUCUGACCCGAAUCGCAUUGAACAACGUCGGAGACACCACCCACGACAUUGCAGACUUCACCUUGCAAAUGCUCGGGUGUUUGCACAACUGGGAGGACGUCCUGACUGUCACUAAUGUGACGGCAGGGACACGGCAGCGCCAGGAGUUCGACGGGUUCCAGGAAACAGCGCGGUACUGGAGGUUCGUGAUCACGCACUCCCACACCAACUAUCAGCCAUGGCUCAGGGAACUGGACUUUUACGGAAUAUCACAAGGUCCAUAUUGCUCUGCUGGGUCUUGGACGGACUGGUUCAAUCGGGACCAACCCUCGGGGACUCAAGACAACGAGAUGCUGACCAACCUUCGCCAGAGUUAUCCAGGGCAAAUCUGCGCCACGCCUACAGCCGUGCACGCGCGCGUCACAAGCACGCAGCAGGAGGCGUCCCUGGCAGGACAGCACAUCCACGCCUACGACACGACCACCGGGUUCGUCUGCAGGAAUGCGGAUCAGACUGACAGCGUAUGUCUGGAUUAUGAAGUCCGUUUCUGCUGCCCGGAUGAAGGAAACAGUGUCAAUGUCGCCUUGGGGAAGGCAGCGAAUCAAACAAGCAUUAAUGCCGCCAAUGGAGUUGCAAGCCGUGCUGUAGACGGGAACACGAAUGGGCAGUACAGAUCCGGUUCCUGUUCACACACUGAAGGUGGAGAUCCUGAUCCAACCUGGUGGGUGGAUCUUGGUCAGUCGUAUGUGGUUGACAGGGUAGUCAUCUUUAACCGAAUGGACGCUUGUUGUGUUGGACGACUCAAUCCCUUCAACGUCCACAUCGGGUAUUCUGACCAGGUCAGCACCAACCCCAAGUGUGGCGGUGACCAUCAAAUCAACCUUAGUCAACCGUCCAUUUCAGUUUCAUGUCAGGGGAUGCUGGGGCGGUACGUAGGCGUCCGUCUGCCCGGUACAGGCCGAGUACUGGCCCUGUGUGAGGUUCAAGUCUUUUCAGCCACCUGGUUUUGUCAAACAACGACCUCGGCACCAACCACUACAGCGGAGACUAGCACCGUGAUAGUUUCGUCAACAACAGCGACCGCUGCACCAAACACCACGGCAGAGACCAACACCACGAUAGUUUCGUCAACAACAGCGACCGCUGCACCAAACACCACGGCAGAGACCAAUACCACGGUAGUUUCGUCAACAACAGCGACCGCUGCACCAAACACUACGGCAGAGACCAAUACCACGAUAAUUUCGUCAACAUCAGGGACUGCCGUAACCAACACGUCUGCACUAGCGACGCCUGCACCAAACACCACGGCAGAGGCUAACACCACGGGACUCCAUUCAACAGUAGAAGCUGCUGUAUCUUCUUCGUUUCUACCGACGGCCCCUGGAACAAAUAGUACAGCAGAAGACAACACCACGAUUGCCUCGACAACAACGGGAACUGCUGUAACCAACAUGUCUACAUCGAUAACGGCUCGAUCCAACUCCACAGCAGUGGUCAGUACCACUAGCACUGUGAUUCGGUCAACAGUAGGAGCUGCACCCAACAGUACAGCAGAUGCCAACACCACAGCUGUGCUUCGGUGCAACGCCAACAACUACGACUUUACUCGGCAGGACACCGGGGUGGCAGUCUCAAUCGGCCUUCAGUUCUCCGGCAGUGAAGCUCCAGAUGAGGAACAAGUCGGCACCGUCCUCGUCACGGCUGCGCACAGCUCGGCAUUGGCUGUUGGCGGAGUGGCGAUCACAGAUGUGGGCAUAGGAAAUGUGACAGACACAGGAAACUCGAGCUUGUGCGACUCUUUCACCUGCACCAAUCACGCCGUCUGCAUAGAGAUAGCUGAUGGAGCAAAAUGUGUCUGCGAGCCGGGAUAUGAAGGCAACGGGACUGUUCUCUGCACAGAUAUUGAUGAGUGCCUGACUGGAGCUCAUGUGUGCCUCCGUGACGAACUCUGCUUCAACAGGGAGGGAUCGUACGCCUGCGCCUCGUGCUACCCCGACAUAGCCCUGGUGGGAGGAGGGGCAAACUCUUCGGCUCCUGUCGACAUCAAACGGAGGGUGCCUUUUACUGUGCAAUCUACUGUAACAGUGGACUGUGACGUAGCCUAUUCAUUCCUCUUCAACUGGUCUUUGUACGCGAUGGAUAGUGGCCUACCCUCCGUAAAAUUUACCCUUCCUGAGAAUGUUGAAACAGGCGGAUCUGAACUCACCUUACCGAAGAACGUUCUGCCGUACGGGAAGGUCGCCAUCCGGCUGGAGGUCACGGUGGAGGAGACCUUGUCUGGACUCCGUGUCGUGACGUCAGCUGAGCAGUGGGUGAAUGUCUUAUCUUCGGCACUGGUGGCUGACAUUGCCGGUGGCUCAGCAAAGUCACUCGCACGUGGCUCCGACAUUGUCCUCGACGGUUCGUUUUCUACAGACCCGGACGCCAUGGUGACAGACGCAGCAGACUUCAUCUAUAACUGGACCUGUGUAACAGAAUUCGAAUCCAUGUUCUAA